AUGCUGCGUGGUGCCACAAAGACUCUGCGUUAUGUGCACCCCACCGUUGUUGUGCUGAACUUUUUCCCUCUAGGAAUGUGCAGCGGGCCCGUGAAUGCGCACGUGUUCCUCCCGAGUAACAAUUUCGACGGUGGCACAACACACCACAUGAAGAAGAUACAGGGACAAACGAAAGACCCUCAGCUCGUCCCGUCACGUGAUGAUCUAAAACUGCGCUGCGAGUACUGUCGCUUCCAGUGGAUUCAUGACACGCUGUGUGUUCGCUGUCCUGCGCAGCCCGUGCAUAAUCAGCGUGAGAUGUGGUUGCAGCCGACAUGGAUGUGGGGUAAGCAGCAGCCGUACCAUUACUACAAGUAUAUGCCGGCGGUACGCAACCCCAGGACGGGGAUGCCGUUGGCGCGUGAGGAUGCGUCGGGCAUGAACAACGAGCGACGUUCGCAGGGGCUUACCACGAGGACGCUCAAUAUCGAGAAGGAGAGGCGUGGCAUCUCAAGGGCGGUGUGCAAGAUUGGAAAAUACAAUACCCGCUGGCAGACACGUUUCCCGUUCCCCAUGUAG